AUGCGUGGAGCGUCCUGUGCCAAUGGUUCCAGGAGUGGCGCCGGUUCGACCGACUGCGCCUCGACAUUUCAGCAGCCUGGAUUAGCUUGGAGGGCCGUGGCCUCGGUCCUGGCAAUCAUUGCCGUGUUGGGGAUCGUGAAUAACUCCACCACCCUGUACCUCGUGGGGCGGUACAGCCAGCUGCGAACACCCUUCAACAUGCUGGUGGUCAACCUGACCGUCAGUGACCUGCUGGUGUGCGUCCUCGGCACGCCAUUCAGCUUUGUCUCCAGUCUGAAGGGCCGCUGGAUGUUCGGGCGUGCCGGCUGUGUGUGGUACGGAUUCAUCAACAGUCUGCUGGGUAUCGUGUCCCUGACCACCUUGACAGUCAUCUCCUACGAGCGCCACCAGAUGAUGAAGCGGCCCCCAAACGCACCCAAGCUGUCCUACCGCUGGGUGGCGCUUUCCGUGCUGUUCGUCUGGGUCUACAGCCUGCUCUGGACGGUCCCGCCGUUGAUGGGGUGGAGCAGCUACGGUCCCGAGUCUCACGGCGUGAGCUGCUCGGUCAACUGGGUGUCGCGCACCGCCAACGACACCUCCUACAUCGUGGCGUUCUUCGUGGGCCGCCUGGCUGUUCCUGUCGCCGUCAUAGUUGUCUCCUACACCCGCUUUGCGUAUUUCUCCACCUUGAUGUCAACACUCACCGAGAAUGCUGCCGUCACAAUUCUAAGCCGGGACCCGGCCGGGCUGUUUGAAUGA